GAAACUUCACGAUAACACGUUCAACGUUGUGUUGGCGAUGUAGUAUGUUAGACAUUGUGCACUUACUAAUCAGUUGACCUUGGAUAUGAUAUGAUUAAGAUUACUCACGUUAUAUUUGACGUCGAUGGUCUUAUUUUGGAUACAGAAUCCAUAUACACUGAGUUCACAUCAAAUUUUCUUAGUGAAUAUAAUUUACAGUUCGACUACAACAUAAAAAAACUAAUGAUGGGAAGAAAACCUCAUGAAGCCGGUGAAAUACUUGUAAAGCACUAUAAUUUGCCACUAAGUGCUAGUGAAUUUAUCCAAAGGCAGUCAAAAUACAUUACUCCAGAAAGAUGGGAAAGUGUUCAGUGUUUACCAGGUGCAGAGAAACUUAUUUUGCAUCUUGCUUCUCAUAAUAUUCCUAUGGCCCUAGCUACUGGUUGUUGCAGUUAUGAACUUGAUCAGAAAAUGAGAAGUCAUCAAGUUAUAAUGACCAAAGUAUCUCAUUCUGUUUGCUCUGGUGACGAUCCUACUGUUAAGCAUGGUAAACCUAUGCCGGAUAUAUUUCUAACUACCACUAGCAGAUUUAAAAUUCCUCCAGAUUCCUCUGAUAACGUUUUAGUGUUUGAAGACUCUCCAAAUGGUGUAGAAGCCGCUCUAUCAGCUGGGAUGCACGUUGUAUGGAUUCCUGAUCCACGAGAACCACCUGGAAAUUUUCCGAAAUCAACUUCAUCCAUUGACAUAUCACGUGUCACUAGAUUAAAUUGUCUGUCUGAUUUUAAACCUGAACAGUUUGGUCUUCCAAGGUUCGAAAACGACUCUUGAUUAUGUAUGUUUGUCCAUGUGCUUAUCUUUAUUGUAAAGUAUUUCGAAAAAUAGCUUCCCGUUUUAUGGAAAAUUCCGUUUGAUUUUGAAUGGGUAGUUCCAAAUAGUUGUUCACAGUGUUUGAAGACUGUGUUUGUUAAAAUCCUAAUAGUUGGAAUUACAUAAUGCCAACAUGUGCCCCGGGAAUCUUCCCCAACUUUCACUUGAAAUUAAUCAAUUUGUCAAUGAUAAAUUAGAUCGAAAACUCUUUCUUACUAAAUGCGUGUUUAGUCGUGUUCAUAUAUUAGUUUGGUUUGGAUUGAGCAUGUGAGUCAUUUGAUGUAAAAUGUUUUCGAGCAGUGCCAUGCGAAGAUGUGUCAUUGUUAUUAAAUUUCAGUGAACAAAUGAAUUCUUUGGUUAUAGUUUAAGCUAAAUUUAUCUUUCUAUCCGGUAUUGGAGAUGGUUUGAAGAAAGUUAAGGGCGGCCAAACCAAAACGUGGCAUCAGUGCUUGAAGUCACUAACUUCUAGUCUGAGCCAUGUUGGUAGAUGCAGACUACUUGGUUGGGGUCCGCGUGACUAUCGUAACCAAUGGUUGGAGAAUCUUGGUGACAUGGCUCAGAAUCGAUCACAAUGGCGUCGGUGUAUACACUCCCUGUCUUCCCUUAAACUAAGAGAUUAAAAUCGCUUCAUACCUUUCUUUCUACGAACCAAUUUUUUCUUGUACUAUAUCUCUAUAUGCAAUCUUUCUCUUAUAUAUUACCACCUUUGACAUAACCACUGCUAUGAAUCCAGUGUUCAUCUUGUGCUGAUGCGGUAUGGCAACCUGGACCGAUGCA